CUAGCAGCCACGGCGAACGGUUCAAGUUGUUUAUUGCACAAAAUCAAUUGAGAAUAUAUUGCUAAAAUGUCGUCCAGUGAGAUAUAUCGCUACUACUACAAGACCACUGAGGAUUUGCAGGGCUUCAAGCCGGGUGCAGCGGAGCCCUACUUCAAUCCCAUGGCCGCCUACAAUCCGAGCGUAACGCACUAUCAAUUCAAUUGCAAUACGCUGGCCAGCUCCAGCAAUUAUUUGUCUGCCAAUGGGUUCAUCAGCUUUGAGCAGGCCAGCUCGGAUGGCUGGAUCACCUCGUCGCCGUCCAGCCAUCGCUCCGAGAGUCCCGAGUAUGUUGAUCUGAAUACCAUCUACAACAAUGGCUGCAACGGCCUGCCGCAAACGCAGCAGUUCGCAUUGGCGCUGGAGCAGCCGGCGCCAGCAAUGCCAGCGACUGCGGCACAACCAGCCCUGGAGAUCAUGGGCUCGCCCAAUGUGGGCACCUGCAAGACACUGCCAGCAGCAGCAACAGCAGCGCCAGUGACGAAGCCUAAGCGCAGUUACACGCGCAAGAACCAGCAAGUAGCAGCAGCAGCUGCAGCUCCAGUCACCGACUCCGUCAGCCAGACCAACUCAGCCCAGCCCGCGUCUCAGUGCAACAACGGCAAUGUCCAGCUCUAUGCCGACGACUUUCAGAGCUUUGAUUUCGACAAUUCAGCUCUGUUUGACGACAGCGUGGAGGAUGAUGACGACAUGAUGCUGGACUUUGAAGAUGACUUCGAUGGCGAGGGCAACGAUGGCUCCUUUGCUCUGGGCGAUGGCGACAGCGAAGAUGCAGCUGGCAAUCCCAAUGCUCCAGCCACUGGCGCUGGCAAGAAGCGUCGCAACAAGCAAAUCUCGCCCGUGAUCAAGCGUAAGCGCCGCCUGGCAGCAAAUGCCCGGGAACGCCGCCGAAUGCAGAGCCUCAAUCAGGCCUUCGACCGACUGCGUCAGUAUCUGCCCUGCCUGGGCAACGACCGGCAGCUGUCCAAGCAUGAGACACUCCAAAUGGCCCAGACCUACAUCACCGCCCUGGGCGAUCUGUUGCGCUAACCGAUCGCAGCUCACGUUCAUUUGCCAAAUGUUGUACCUUCACCUGUAUAUAUGUAUGUCAAGCUAGAGCCCAGUAGGAAAUUAUUGUUUAAGUAUUGCGCUGUUAAUUGUUUA